AUGUCGGUGUGGACGCGUGUGGUUCAUGCGCUUCGCUGGCCCGGUGGGACGGAGCUGGUGGCAACGUGCCUGCGGGUGGCCUCCCCGCAGGGGCUGCGCUCCGCUUGCUCUGUCCAACAAGAACAAAGAAACCACACUGCAGAACCUGUAAUAGAUGACUAUAAAAAGAUGGGGACUCUCUUUGGCGAACUAAACAAAAGCCUUAUCAGAAUAGGCUUCACAAGGAUGUACUUUGGAGAACGGAUAGUAGAACCUGUAAUAAUUAUAUUCUUCUGGGUUAUGCUCUGGUUUCUUGGCCUACAAGCUCUCGGACUGGUUGCUGUUCUGUGCCUUGUCAUUAUUUAUGUACAACAGUAA